UGACAAUGUCAUAACUGUACACUGAUUACUAACGGGACAGUUAUUAAGUGUACUGAAUAUAAAUAAAUGCCUAGUUUCCUUAACGAUCCUUACUCUACGCUGACCAACGCAAUAAAACGACCGGGAUGAAUGGUUGACGCAGACGGCAGAAUGCCGCCGAACGGCAGGCAAACGCAGAUACAUAGUGCUGAUCGAAAAAAAAACACCAGUUGGAAACAAGACGUUUAAAGAAGAGGACGUAAAUAUACGCUUUGUUUCUGAACACAGUCGUGCGACACGCGUAGUUUUACCGCGAGUUUCAUUAGUCUUAUCAAUAUUAUUCUUAGUAUAUUUUAGUUAGAAUAAGUACUCAGUGGUUGUAGUGGAUGAUAAAAUGUGAAAUUACCUGAACUGGAGUCACAAUAACAAUUUAAUGUUAUUGAAACAGCGAUUGCGAAUACAAGAUGUCAAGGUUAUUGUGGCGCGGAUCGCUGUGGUGCAUUCUCGGCUGCGUAUGCGCAGUCGGCGCUCUUCGUGUGGGUGUAGGCAUCGCUGACGUCACUGGACCACCCGCUGAAAUUGGUUUUAUGGGUUACGCCAACUUGGAGCAAUCAGGCCAUGGCAUACACUUGCGACAGUUCUCUCGGGCGUUCGUCCUCGCAGAUGACAAUAACUCGACUCGCCUCGUGUUCGUGUCCGUGGAUGCUGCUAUGAUGGGACAUGCUGUCAGAAAAGAGGUACUGAAACGUUUACAAAAACGUUACGGAGAUCUUUACAACGAGGGUAACGUGAUACUGAGCGGGACUCACACGCACUCCACUCCCGGAGGCUUCCUUCUCGACUUCCUCUUCGACUUGCCUAUAUUAGGCUUCGUCAAGGAGACAUAUGUUGCCUACAUAACAGGUAUAAUUAAAAGUAUAAUAAUAGCUCACAACACUCUUACACCAGCCCGCAUGGAAUAUGGCGAAGCGGAGUUAUUGGACGCGAACAUCAACAGGUCGCCAACGUCCUAUCUACGGAACCCAGCUGAAGAAAGAGCGAAGUACAAAUACGAUGUCGACAAAACCCUUGCUCAAGUACGAUUCGUCACCCCUUCGAAGAAGGUUAUAGGGGUAAUUAACUGGUUCGCUGUCCAUCCUACCAGUAUGAACAACACCAACCGGCUCAUAUCAUCAGAUAAUGUUGGUUACGCGUCCAUACUUAUGGAGAAAGCGUUGAACGGAAACAAUACUUUGCCAGGAAAGGGUCGAAUCGUAUGUGCCUUUGCAUCUACCAACCUUGGCGAUGUAUCUCCCAAUACAAGAGGUCCUCGCUGUGAGUUUUCCGGAAAAGUCUGCGACCAGGAGUCGCUACUAUGUGAUUUGCCCAAAGAAAGGUGCUUCGCUUCAGGCCCUGGAAGGGACAUGUUCGAGAGCACUAAGAUUAUUGCCACUAAGAUGUUCGACACGGCCAUGAAAGUCCUCAAUCAGAAGGGCGAAGAUCUGACGGGUCCUCUCGGGAUCAUCCAUCAGUUCGUCGAAAUGCCGAAACAGGAAGUGCCUCCGUACGACCCAGUCACGCAAACUUUUAACGAUAGCGCCCGCGUGAGCGGCUGCGUGCCGGCCAUGGGCUACAGCUUCGCGGCCGGCACGACGGACGGGCCGGGCGCCUUCGACUUCUCGCAGGGCACCACGUCGUCCAACCCGCUGUGGAACGCCGUGCGGGACUUCAUCGCCGCGCCCUCCGCGCUCGACGUGUCCUGCCACCGCCCCAAGCCCAUCCUGCUGGCCACGGGCCGCGCGAAAUUCCCAUAUGAAUGGCAACCACAAAUAGUCUCGUGUUCGGUGGUGCGUCUAGGAGGACUCUUCGUGGCAGCCGUUCCCGGGGAGUUCACGACCAUGUCCGGUAGACGGCUCAGGCAGGUCGUGGCGAAGGCCUCGGGAGCCAAGAGAGUGGUGCUGGCGGGGCUGUCCAACGUCUACGCCGACUACAUUGCUACACCCGAGGAAUACCAGGCGCAGCGCUACGAGGCGGCGUCCACCAUCUUCGGGCCGCACACGCUGGACAUCUACCUGCACAAGUACGCGGAGCUCACCCACGCGCUCGUGCAGGGGACGACAUUAGAAUCUGGUCCUUCGCCACCGGAUUUCAGCGAUCAGCUCAUAACUCUGGUGCCACCCGUGCUGUGGGACUCCGCCCCGUGGGGACACGAGUUCGGGGACUGCGUCAAGCAGCCGCAGAAGUACUACAGCUACAACGACGUCGUCACGGCUUCUUUUGUGUCGGGGCACCCGCGCAACAGCGCGCGGCACGGGCGCUGGUUCGCGGCCGUGGAGCGCCAGCUCGCGCCCCACGACGACGCCUGGCAGGUCGUGGCCAGCGACGCCGACUGGGACACCAGGUUCACAUGGCGCCGAAAUUCGAAGAUCCUCGGUACCAGUUACGCUGACAUCGAAUGGGAAAUCCCCGCGGGGACGCCCCCGGGCACGUACAGGCUGCACCACUACGGGAACUACAAGUACAUCCUCGGGGGUAUCUACCCAUACCACGGGUUCACGGAUCCCUUUGAGGUCACCUAAUAUCUUAUAGGUAUAUAAUAUAUAUGUAAAUACAUUUAUGUUAUUGUAAUUAUAGUCAGUAGUGUCCAAAGAUAGAUAUUUAGCCCUUAGAAUGGUAGAAAUUCUAUGUUUAUUAAAUAAUUUAAAAAUCCAUGAUUAUAGACGAUUCAAUUAAAGAGAUUUUAAUUACUUUUUUUGUAAUUAAUGUUGAAACUAGUCUAUUUAUAUAGCCGUUCGAAAUUUAAAAUUCGAUUUUUUUUUUACAUUAAUGUGGUAAACAAAUUGCGCGUACACGUGAGAGAAGUGAAACUUUUUAAUUAUACAGCUCGCUUUCACUCCGGAUAAUGUCUUCUCGUCUUCUCCUAUGAAGUGUCUAAGCAUUGUGCAUCCAAAAAAAGAAAUCGCAUUUCUCAUCUACCCUACGAUUAUUAAAUCGCUCCUUAAGAAGUUUUACUUCAGACACAAAUUAAAAACAUUUUGCAAUAAAUACUCAAAUCUCAUUCAAUGUCCUACCACCAUAAAGCGAUACUUAUAACUACUUUUCCGAUAUUAUGGCUGAAGUUGAUUGAGCCAAUGUAUAAAAUUACAGCCAUACAGCAAACGCAUUAUUUUUUAAUAGUGCUAUGACGUCACAUUUCUUAGUUGGUAAUUUAUUUGUCUACAUGUAAACUA